AACAGUCCAAGCGAAUGCUUGCGAAGCUGUGUUCGUCUCGCUUAGUUAAUCUAUUUAAACAAAUAAUUGAACAUAAACCAGAGCCAAAGAAUACCUCUACUUUUCCGUAUCGGUACUACAAAUCCUAGCACGAUACUUAAAACAGAAAAAUGGUGAAAUUUUUCUCAAAUUGGUUUAGUAAAGGAAAACAAUCAUCGCCAUCUGGUUCCAGCCAAGCUGUCCUUGGUGAACCUCCGGAAGAAACGUUUUUCGACGCCGAAGACGGUAAUUCGCUGGAAAUAAUCGAAGAUCUGGACGUAAUACCGGCAGCCAUCGAUUUCAAACGACAUGUUUGGAAAAACAAUUUGAAACCAUGCAUAAAUCCACGAUCUGCGAAUGGAGUUGAGCGCAAACUUUUAAAAAAUACACAAGAAUACAUCGAAGGACGCUGGACCGGUGGAGGGCGUUUGGAGAAACUUCUCUCGUUUCAGUUUAUCGAGCAGGAUGUGACGAUUUAUGUCAGAGAGCAAACUGCUGGCUAUUUAUGCACACUUGACGAAGACGACUUUGUCGCAAGAGUUCAGUUUAAAAUGGACUCUGUAGGCUCUAAUCUAUCACUCGAAAUUGUUAAACGGGACUUGCUGCGAAAUAUGUCUAUGAAUCGAAUUAUUUCCGAUCGAAAAUUAGACGAUCUUAAAUCAGCCGAGAAAAAAAUAGUGGAACUUUUAAAGCAGCGAGAAGAUUCGACAGCAAUCGACAUUAAUCACGCUGAAGAUAUCUAUCAAAUAACCAUGUUGAAACAAGCAUCCAUUGAGAGUAUAGUGGGAAAUAAAUUUAUUUCAUUGGAUCUUAAAAAUGCAGCAAGAGAUAUCCAACAGAAGCGGAAAAUUUUAGAAAAUAGAAGGAAAACAAUCAACCACGUCAAAAACGAUCAGACAGUUGACUUAAAAAUGGCUCUAGAAUAUGUGUGCAAAGGAAUAAUAAGGAAACAUCGGGAUGCUCUUUAUGGUGUUUUUCCAUGGAAAGUAUCUUCUACGGAUUAUGACAAGCUAGAAAGCUUGGAAAGCAACAAAAUACUGCACUUCUGCAAGCAAGAUUUGGUACUUUUUACGAAUCUGUGUAAUCUUGUUAAAGACCCUUUACUAUUAUCGUUCGUUAAAGACACUUGGAACAAACUUUUUCUUCAAAUCAAUCAGCUAAUGUCACGUAACACACCUACCUCAUUGCGUGAGAAUGCACCACUAACAAAUCAGGUUAGUUUUUUUCUAUGUAAGAGUUUUCAAGAAAUUAUCUCUGAGAUUAUUCGUAAAUCAAAUUUAUCAAUAGAAAAAAUACUUCUGGAGGAAAGCACUAACAAUUGGAGUAUAUCAAGGGCAAAGAUUCCCUGGAAAAGUGCUUCUCCACUCAAUACCAGCUUGGAACAACAAUUUCAUACUGUGUUCAAAUUGAUGCUUCAUUUUUCUCCUGGUUAUUAUACGCGUAAGCAACCAUUAAAAUAUGACUUUAAGGUACUUAAAAAUUGCAACCCAAAUGUCCAUGACAAUAUGAUAUGGUCUUGUAUUUUGGAUGCUGCAAUCGAUGGUUUGUUGCUAGAAGAUAAAGCUAGCAAAAAUAUAUUUGACCAACUAUUAGAAGGUUAUGUAAACUUUUCCAAAAUAUCAACCAAUCAUGAAGCACUACGUGUCAUUACACACAACAUGGCGAAGUUCAUAGUGCAAACUAGUGGAUAUCUUGCCGACAAAACUAUAUCUUAUGACGACCGUAAAGUUUUGAGUCACCAAAUUGAUACCUUAAACAGAGCGGUCACAGAAAAUAAUUUUGAGCCUUUUAGAGAUUUGGUAGAAGUUUAUAACGAUUACUGGGACAAGAGACAAAAUAUUAUUGUUAAAUUGGUUUCAAAGAUUCCAGCUAAAAAAUUUCUUCAGGACAUUAUGGUCAUUACACAAAAGCUUGUAAAAUUAUUAAUCGAUGCUCAUGAAAAACGAGGCACAAUACCAAAUCUAAUAGAUUGUUUGCGCUCGUUCAAUGAACUAUUGACAGAUUUAAACGAUGUUGACUUUACUUGGAUCGUCAAGUGGAAAAAGACCGAUUAUCCAUCCACGUUGUCUGUGGUGAAUAAAUCAAAGCAGUCGUACAAGGUCACGAAUCCUGAGAAUUAUCUAGAAUGUGUUGGAGAAUCCGUAGAAUUUUGCCGGCAUUAUACCAUAGAAGUGCUUCACGAGCUAGUUGAUAUAGCUAAUAAACUUUUCCUAAAAGAAUGGCCGGACAAUGAAGUUUUAAGUUCGAGCACCGAGCUUCUUAGUGCCAUUCGCAAGUCGUUAAUGUAUCUCAAAGAGCAAGCCGAUUACGAGUCCUUUGAGAACUUCAAAGCAGUAAGUGUUCAACCAUUUGCCGUUACAUUGCAAAAGAGUAAAAGCAGUGUUGACUUUAUUAGGCGUAUCGGCAUCAUUGGAGAAUCGUUUUGGUAUUUGCGAAAGCAGGAUGAAAUUGACAUCAACGAAGCAUUAAGAUUGUACAAAGAAUUAAAUGCUAAUGCAUCGAUAGAAAAGCUAAAACAAUGCUAUGAUCGAUAUCAAGAAGAAUUUCAAAAGUUUUUGCAAGACACGGCAAAUGAAACGUCGGAUGACAGGAUUGAUAAAAUAGUAUCGAAAGUUAAACAAAUAGCAAUGAGUUCAAACUUGGUAGAUAUUAUCAAGUGGGAUGAACAAAUAAAAUUUGAAAUUAUACCCAAACUCAUUGCCGGGUUCGCUACGGUUUGGUCCAUCCGUGAGUCCCGAGACUUGGUUCAAUUCGGACAAUAUUUGAAGCCACACUGUAUUCAGAUUGUUUGCGUGUUUCUUCUGCUGGGUUUAGACAGUGAUCAAUCGAUUAGCAAGCACCUUGCACAGGUUCUUACCGGUCAAGGCAAAUCUCUGGUGCUGGGUUUACUUUCGGCGGUACUGGCACUGACCGGUAAUAACGUGCGGAUGGUGUGCUACAGUGAGUACCUUGCAAAACGAGACCGCUGCGAUUUUGAAGAUUUCUUUACUAUGUUUGCAGUUCACAGUCGAAUUUCAUAUGGCACCUUUGAAGAGAUGGCCAAUGAGAUUCUUAACCCAACAAUAAACGGCAAAAAACAAUGCCUGCGGCAGCUGGUUGAAAAGCGUAUUCUUAACCACGAUGGUCAGUCUAUUGGUAAGAUAGCACAACUGGAUGUCAGCAAGACCAUACUUCUAAUUGAUGAGGUUGAUGUUUUCUUUACCGAUCAGUUCUAUGGAAACUACUAUAACCCGUGUACAAGGAUCAAGCUAACUGGACUGACACGUGUUCAAGAAAAAAUUUGGAAAAUUGUACAAGAUAACAUUCAGGACAAGGAUGUUGUUUUUCUGAAAGUUAAGGAAUUCAUUGAAGAAAAUGUUAAGUGUCGCGAUACUGAGCUGUUAGAGUUCCACAAAUUUUACUACAAACCUGGAAAGUUUUGGUUGCUUAGUUAUGAUAUGGUUCUAACAGAGUACACGAAUGAAUCCCUAAUCGAUGAACAUUUGAAGCUGAUGAUCUCUACCGCCGCUAAUGUUGUAAAAGGAAGUGAUGCUGAUUGGUAUAUCAGUAAAUAUAAAUUGAAUGAAAACGGAGUUGUAAGUUAUCGUAAUCCAAACGGGCUUUACAGCAUACAUACUAUCAGCAACUACUACAACUCAUUCAAUUACUUCCGUCUGAAGGAAACUGAAUUCGAUCAUAAAUCAUUCCAAAAUUAUGGCUAUUUACUAAUUGAAUGUGGCAAAGUUUCCUAUGCUAAGUUGCCAGAAAAUUAUCCAAUAAUUUUGGGAGUAAGUGGAACCCUGACAUCUUUGAACGAUCACGAGAAACAGGUUCUGAACCAGGAAUACAAUAUUCAUCGAACGUCCGACAUGCCGUCAUUCUUUGGUAGAUCAAAUCUGGAAAUCCGCGCAAACAUUUCGUACACCAAAUUCGAGCAAGAUUGGCUAGAUAAAAUUUAUUCUCAAACGAACUCACAGCUCAAUUCGAAGCGAUCUGUGCUGAUAUUUUUCGAUACAGACUGUGAAAUAAAUAAAUUUACACUCAAGCAUUCAUCCUUUUUGGAACGUUUUAACAUAUUAACGGAAAAUACCAACGAGGAAGAUAAGAAACGAUUCGUUAACGAUGCGGGCAUUGUCAAAACUGUCACAUUGGCGACUAGACAGAUGGGUCGGGGUGUGGACUUCAAGUCCAGCGUGGCAGUUGAGAAUGCCGGCGGUGUGCACGUAAUUCAGACGUUCUUCUCCAUAGACAUCAAGGAGGAAACGCAAAUCAAGGGUCGUACGGCACGCAAGAACAAUAAGGGCAGCUACGAGCUGAUUCUAUGCGCGGAACACCUGAAACGGGAUAAUCUAAUUGAAGACGAAGACACGGAUCCUAGCUAUUCGAGUUUGGAUGCGGCUAGGAAACAGUUGGUCGACAAAACAGGUGCCAAUAUUGAGGAGAAAAUUAAAAUCUCUGAAGAGAAACAUAACACUACGUGGAGCUUUUAUCAGACUUUUUUCAAAUGAUAUGGAAGCUUUCCGUAUUUUGAUUGUCGACCUAUACAGAGCGGAUUCGCUAAUUCGAAUGGAACUGCAUUCGAAUGAGCGAAUUCAAAUUCGCUAAUUGGAACGACUGACAGCAGUCAAAAGUUUGAAACCACGUGUUCGGAAAUUGUCGAACAAUGGUGUUGAAACGUCAACAUCAGUUUGACAAUUGUUUUUGACGGCUGAGUGCUUUUUAAAUUCGAAUACGUUCGAAUUAGCGAGCAUUCGAAUUAGCUGACAUUCGAAGUAGCGAAAUUCGAAUUAACGAAUCCACUCUGUAUAUCAACAAUUGCACGUAACUUAUCAAUUUUACAUUCGUAAUAAAUUAAGUAAAAAUUGUGUUCUAGAGCGCUCGAUGAGUUUUAUUGCAAAUUACGACCAAAUUUGAAGAAAUUCCACAGUGGGCAGCGAGUUUUUUGACGCCGUCGGUUUCUGCCUUUCACAAGUCGUGCAUUUCACUCCACUUACCUCUUUUUUGUGUUUUCUCAAACAUCUUGAAUUUCUUUAGUAAGCAUCUUAUUUCAUGUAACAAAAUACGAGAAAUCGAUUGGUGAUACGUCAAUUAAUGGCAAAUGACGGUAAAGGUCCAUUUUGACCCAGAUAUCCCUUUGCAUGUAACCCAAAUCGUUUUUUUUUUUAGCUUUAGACACACUGAACUAAAUUAUAAUUUUAAAAAUAGUGGCUUAUGGGACUCCUAAACGGUUCAAAUUAGACCAAAACGUUCAAAAUCGCUACAGCCAUCCGUAUCGAGAUAAUGAGUCCAAUUACUUUGAACAACAUCUCACCACACGCACAGGCAUUUGCUUCUGAGUCGAUACGUCAACGUCACGUCAAACCAAAUCAAAAGUGCUCCGUUUUGGCUCCAAUUUUGGCCCAUUUAAAAAAAAAUUAGGCGAGUGGUACCUUUAUACAUCAUUACAGUUAUGCAACUUACCAAC